UCACUGUUGUCAACGCGUUGUUAUGGAGCUGCGGAAGGCUGUUGUUUAAAAACACCGAAGGACCUCAAACUUCCUGGGUUUGUUUCGUUCUCAGUUUGAUAAAAGUGACUUUAACUCGUUUAGUUUGUAUUUUAAAAUGUCCGUAGAUCGACUGGACGUUUUGAGAGAGCGUAACAAACAUUUACUGGCCCAGCUGAGGCAGCAGAGAGACAAGCUGGAGCUGCAGGGCGGCCGCAGCGAGAGCCGCAAGAGGGAGAGAGAGGACGAGGGAGAAAUGGUGACUCUGACCGGUGGAGACAGACGUCCUGCCCGUGCAGCUCUGUCCACACCCUCCGUGAGAUUUGCAGAUAUUUGUGAGACACAAACGGACAUCCGCCAGACUAUUUCCACACCGUCUUUGACAUCAAAACACAGAGGAGGAACUGCUGAACGUACAACAUCCUCAGACCUCUUUAGAGCCGCCAGCCAAAGACAUCCUCAACUUCACAACAAAUUACAUGACAUGGAGACGGAGGCGCAGAAUCGAGUUAUAUUUCAAUCUGAUGAACAUGAAGACAUUCCUGCCUCAGACAGGCACAGUUUGCAGCCCUUACUUGGAUAUGACUGGAUAGCAGGAGUCCUGGAUGCUGAGGACUCUUUGGUUGAUCGCUCUGACGAGUUCUUCAAUGAUCUGCACAUGUUUCGAUCGCUGAAUAGAGAAGAAUGUGUCUACAGUGGACCAGCAGAAUUUUCUGAGGAGAACCCUCCAGUCUCACCACUAUUAACACACAAGGCCAACCCCGAGGUUAAUGUAGACAGUCAUCAAUGUACGUUCUCUUACAGGAUUAACAGCCGACUGUUCCCCGUCCCGAUUCACUCUCAGGAGUGCUGUCCUGUUUGUAAAAAGCACAAAUCCUCCCACCCUCACACAGCUGCUGAACCAGCUCUAAUCAGGGUCAGCAUUCCUCGCACCAACCUCUUGCCACCUUACAAGUACAAAGCUCACCGGCGAUGCAGCUUCGACCCUUCUGAUAGCUUGGGGCUACCAUCGCACUGUCUCUCAGGCUGGUCAAACACAGGUCAGAGCACUCUGCCACCACCAAGCAGUCUCGAUCUGCGGAGCAGCCUUAAUAUAAAGAACUCUACUGGGUUACUGAAUCAAGAACUGGAGGAUCUGUCUGCGCUGAAAGUAUCUGGUAACCGUAACCUUGACCAGAUCUCAGAUGUCUCUCGUUUGGCUCGUCACAACUUUCAACACUUCUCGCCAAAAAGAAAACCGAGAAGCACAUCCCAGCCCGGGUGCUGACAAACCAUCAGUCUAUUUUUAAAUGAUCGCUGUAGUCCCAUUAGACACCAGAAGGUAUAGAAUGAAAAUCUGCAGUUUAUGUUGUAUAUGUGUUAAUGUGUAUAAAAAAAUAAUGAUUUAAUAAAGUUUGAAUAAUUCACACAA